CCCGGGCUCGGCAGCUCUGGGGCGGAGGGUUGCGGGCCGGAGCUGCAGGACCGUGAGGCCCCGGCGAUAGGAGGCUCAGGUUCGGGGAUCCGGGCCGGCUGGAGGUAAGACGCGCCUCCCCACCGGGCACACGCUGCGACAGGACCCCAUCACCCCAACUUCCACUUCUCAACCCCUGGCCCGAUUGGGUACCCGAGCCUAGACAGCGCUGCCUGUUUCCGGUCCUCAUCUGCGGACUUAGCGCUUGGCCCUGGCCCCGCGAUUCACGAGGCGCGCAAUCAAAGCUAAUUUGGAAGUAAGGAAAAGAAGCAGUGCCAGUGGAGGGAGGAGUCGAGGCACAAGCACAUGUUGGGGACCCUCGGGCUGUGGUCGUCUGGAAUGUCCCCUGGCCAGCGUUUGUGUCCAUUUUCGAGACCAGGACUCCGAGGCAACGAGUCCUCCCCCGGGCUGCACAGAUAAUAAACCGCCCAGUCGGAACUGAGAGGCCUGCGUGUUUUUCCAUUCCAAGCCCGUGCCAAGAGGAGCAGCAAGAACAGAGAGAGAACUUUGUCAGGUUAACAGGCACCAGAGCUACCAGCCUUCGCAACUGAAGCUCAGAAGGGAAGUGAGGGUUCCACAAGGGGCCAAUGGCUGGCAGGUGGCUGAGUGGGCACUGGACACUUGGCAGGUGUCUCUGAUGGUGGAGACAGCACCCAGUGCCAGGGACUCAUCCACUGGAGUCCAUGUUAACACCCAGUUUCCAGCCCCAGGUGUGACCCCCAUGGCAGACUGCCGUGCUGUGUGUGGCCUAAAUGUCUCUGAUCGCUGCAACUUCAUCCGGACAAACGCCGACUGUCACAGUGAGGGGGGCUACCUGGACUACCUCGAGGGCAUCUUCUGCCACUUUCCUCCCAACCUCCUCCCUCUGGUCAUCACUCUCUAUGUUUUCUGGCUACUUUACCUGUUUCUGAUCCUGGGAGUUACGGCAGCUAAAUUCUUCUGCCCUAACUUGUCAGCCAUUUCCACCUUGCUCAAGCUGUCUCACAACGUGGCAGGUGUUACCUUCCUGGCCUUCGGGAAUGGUGCGCCUGAUAUCUUCAGUGCUCUGGUGGCUUUCUCGGACCCACGCACGGCUGGCCUGGCCAUUGGGGCUCUGUUUGGUGCGGGUGUGCUGGUCACCACCGUGGUAGCUGGCGGCAUCACCAUCCUGCGCCCCUUCAUGGCUGCCUCCAGGCCCUUUCUGCGAGACAUCGCUUUCUACAUGCUGGCUGUGUUCCUGACCUUCACCGCUCUCUACCUCGGCAGGGUCACACUGGUGUGGGCCCUGGGUUACCUGGGCCUGUACCUGUUCUAUGUGGCUACAGUGAUUCUCUGCACCUGGAUAUACCAAUGGCAGCAGAGGCAGUCCCUGGUCUACUCCAUGCCCGGGACACCAGAAAUGCUCUCGGAUUCAGAGGAGGAUCGGGUGUCUUCCAACGCCAACAGCUACGACUACGGCGAUGAGUACCGGCCAUUGUUCUACGGCCAGGAGACCUCGGCUCAGAUCCUGGCCCGGGCUCUGAACCCCCUGGACUACAGGAGGUGGAAAGACCAGCCCGUGUCCUGGAGGCUCCUCAAAGUGGUCAAGCUGCCUGUGGAGUUCCUGCUGCUCCUCACCGUGCCCGUCGUGGACCCUGACAGGGAAGAUCGGAAUUGGAAACGGCCCCUCAACUGUCUGCAGCUGGUCAUCAGCCCACUGUUCCUUGUCCUGACCCUGCAGUCAGGGGCCUAUGGCGUCUACGAGAUCGGUGGCCUUCUUCCUGUCUGGGCUGUGGUGGUGAUCGCAGGCACAGCCCUGGCCUCGGUGACCUUUUUUGCGACAUCCAACAGAGAGCCCCCCAAGUUGCACUGGCUCUUUGCUUUCCUGGGCUUCCUGACCAGUGCUCUGUGGAUCAACACGGCUGCCACCGAGGUGGUGAACAUCCUUCGGUCCCUGGGCGUGGUCUUCCGGCUGAGCAACACUGUCCUGGGGCUCACACUGCUGGCCUGGGGGAACAGCAUUGGAGAUGUGUUCUCUGACUUCACACUGGCCCGCCAGGGCUACCCCCGGAUGGCAUUCUCAGCCUGUUUUGGUGGCAUCAUUUUCAACAUCCUUGUAGGCGUGGGGCUUGGCUGCCUGUUGCAGAUCAUCCGGAGCCACGUGUCGGAAGUGAAGCUGGAGCCAGAUGGACUGCUGGUGUGGGUGCUGGCUGGUGCUCUGGGCCUCAGCCUCGUCCUCUCCCUGGUCUCCGUGCCCCUGCAGUGCUUCCGGCUCAGCACAGCCUACGGCCUCUGCCUGCUCCUCUUCUACUUCUCCUUCCUCCUCGUGGCCUUACUCACGGAAUUCGGGGUGAUUCGCCUGAAAAGUGUGUGACCUAAGUCACUUUGCCUGACGGAGCAGGGGAUGGCAGAGGAGGCUCCCAGAUGCCUUCCGAGGGGAAGACUGGGGCCGGGCACCUUCUGCAAACCCAUUUGGCUGCUGAGGGAGAUCUGGAGUCAGCGGUGUGCACAGCAGAAGGGCUUGGCCGCAGGGCGUCUGCAGACUCAAGGUCAAGACUCAGACUGGCUUUGUCGGAGACAGUUCCAGACAGAAGCCGUAAGACUCUGGAUGACCACGAGGCAGGAACUCAGUAGCCUUGGCUUUGCUGGAGACAGGUCCACACAAAAGCUACAGGAUUCCAAGUGACCACAGCACCCCCAGAAGAGGUGAGUUGAAAGGCUGGACCUAGCUGGAGGUGUCUAGAGCUACGGUAUCUAUAAAGGGUACCCCUUCACCCUCUGCUGGGCUUUGGGGUCUCCACCUUGGGGCUCAACCAUUGCCCAUACUGGCUCAGAGGACUGGUAACCUGGCUGGGGCCUAGAGCUGCUUCAUGGAGCGCACUGUGUGGACCAGCCUCCGUUAGUUUCCGCAUUGGCAGUCAGUCUUAAUACAGCCAAAAGAAACAGGUGAAAUGGAUGGUAAUACACGCUACUGGUGAUGACUCCAAACCACCUGGGCCUGCCACACAAGUAGUUGUCAUGUUGGGAAACGGCUCUAGAACUUCUGGCUCGGAGCUCUGGUUCCCCCAACUCUGAAAACAGGAACCAGCCUGGGCCCUGGGCAUACCUGGGCCAGUGGGGGGGGAAUCAGGGGCAUAUGCUGGCCAACCAAGGACAGGGCGAGCACCUCCUCCCCCAGGGCCUCCGCGCUUCGGGUGACCGAUUUCUCAGUAGGUCACUAAUUGGCCUGACUGCUGUUCUGCUGUUAGGGAAGUUUCAACUGUUUACCCAAAUAAAUCAUGAGCAAUUUCUAGUAGA